UCUGUGAACAUUUUAGACAACCUGAAGCAACUAAAAGCAAGAAUCAAAAAAAAGAAACCACAACCAAACGUGUUGGAUAUACGUGGCAAAUAAAUCUGUCGUGCCCUGAAAAAGAAAAUCCUAACAAAGAAAAUGUAGCAUUCACAAAGGAGAUAAUAGAGGAUGUUAAAUUUUUUGUAACUAAGAUGAAUUGUAACCCCCAGCAAAUUCGUAAAGCUCUUGAGGAGAAAUACUAUGUAAAAGUCUAUAUGCCAGUGCUAUGGCAAGUAAUUCAACGGUUUCGUUCAAAAUCACAUGACCAGACAAAUGAUGCCAGCAAAUUGUAUGAGGAAUUGUUAAACAAGAAAGAAGCUGACCCCGAUG